AUGAUGUUAAAAAAAACAUCUUUCACUACCAUUACUCCCCUCCCGUCUAGGGUAACCCGACAGAUAGUCUUGGAAACACUUCAUUCUCAUACCGAAAUGAUUAACCUAAAUCCGCUUGUGGAGGAACAUCGGCUCAUAAAACCACCGCCAAACGCAACAGCAGAAGAGUAUCAUUGUCUAUGGUAUGCCUUGACGGAUCGAGUACAAUAUUUGCCAGGUGGUCUCAUGUCAGGAAAAGUAUCUUACAAUGUGUGUUUUCACGACUUGGUAAACGGCUUACAAGCACAUUCAUACGCACCCAUGGGACUAAACGUCAAGAACAAGUGGACGUUGUGUGGAUCGCUUCCGGGUGAACCUAUAGCUCCAGUCGAAAUCGGAGUCGGUGCACCUUUAUCCGGACUUUAUAUUCGAGAAGAUGUUAUUAUGCAAUGCAAUUUCAUGACCACUUCGUUCGUCAAAAGAGCAAUUAAAAAAGCUCACGGGGUACUCAUCAAUCGUCUUGUGGCUAAAGCACAAUUUUCAGACUCAUCCCUUGCUAGAAUAAAUACAGGGCUUCCGGUAACAUCGCCAUCAGAUUAUGAGCCUAUGGAGUUCGGUCGAGACGGGCAGAACACUUCUGAUGAAAGUACUAGCCAAGAUGCCUACACUAGCCUUCAUUCACAAUCUAAACUCCGACCAGUACAACCAACAAUUACAUAUCACGAUACAGAUAGUAAUAGUCUAAGUGCCCGCAUACCACACCGGUACUCUCCGACGAGCUCAUGGAGCGGAAGUGUUCACAGCACGCGUGCGUCACAUUCAUGUAGUCCUGCGACACCUCGAAGUUUAUGGCAAAAUUUAAACCCUCCUGGACUCAAUAAUGAUAUAGUUAUUUUGGAACCUGGAAGCCAGAAUAUCUGCUUUGAGCUUGAUGCGCCGGAAUCUCUAUCACUCGAGAAAGCUGCGAAUCACAACUCUAACUUUAUGAGGGAGAAGACAACCGAAACUGGCUGCUACACUGGCGGAAAAGAAACACAAAUAAUUCAGCAAAAUAGUUUUGGGCCUGUUGAGCUUGAGGGUUCCAUGCCAACAUAA